AUGGAUUCUCAGAACUCAUUUACGCCCUCUGAAGGGUUUGUUCACCUUCUAAGUAGUCAGUUAAACCCUGAAUCGUACUCUCCGUGCAUAGACUUAGGAUCAUCAUACAUUUUGUUUAGCACACAAGGAUCUGAUGGUCCUUCUGAUAUUGCAUUGAAGAGAAAACUCUGGAGUCCGAAGGAAGACUUGCUCCUGAUUAGUUCUUGGCUCAACACCAGCAAGGAUCCCAUAGUGGGCAAUGAACAAAAAGCCGGUGCAUUCUGGAAGAGGAUCCAGAUCUAUUACAACGGAUGCGAGGAGCUUGGAGAUCUGCCAAGAAGAGAAUGGUCGCAGUGCAAGCAACGAUGGGGAAGGCUUAAUGACCACGUAUGUAAAUUUGUGGGUUCAUACGCAGCUGCACAGAAAGAAAAAAAUAGCGGUCAGAAUGAAAACGAUGUGAUGAAGCUUGCACAUGAAAUUUUUUUCAACGACUACGGCAUUAAGUUUGCCCUCGAACACGCAUGGAGAGAGCUGAGGUUCGACCAGAAAUGGUGCACGACCAGCUCACAAAAGGAUGGCGCAACAGUCAAAAAGAGAAAAGUAGAAGACUCGGCACAGUCAUCAUCGUCGAUGCCUGGAAGCGUGAAUGAAAGUGAAGUUGAGGCUCGCCCUCCUGGUGUCAAGGCUUCGAAGGCCAAUGCGAAGAAAGCAGGCGGUGUUAAGGGUGAAAACAAGGAUAUGAAAGAGUUUUCUUCCAUGUGGGAUAUGAAACAUAAGGACCUUGAAAUGAAAGACAAGAUUAGGGACAAGAGGAUUCUUGAGAGCCUCUUAGCUAAGCAUGGACCGCUAACUGAGAUUGAAAUCUCAUUGAAAAACAAGUUGAUCAGUUCUGUGUAUGGUCUUUAG